AUGCAUAAAGAUAAGGUGAUUAUGACUGGGGAGCGUAAGCAGGGGACGGUGUGCAUUUUUGGCACUGGAGACUUUGGACGCUCUCUGGGGCUUCGUCUGCUCCAGGCAGGAUAUGAGGUCGUGUUUGGGUCACGUGACCUCAAGAACUCGGCACUGGUGCCCAAGGGUUCAAAGGUCAUGACCCACACAGAGGCAGCUCAGAUGGCUCAGGUGAUCUUUAUAGCCGUCCGGCGAAAUCACUAUGACUUCCUGACAUCGCUAACCCCUGCUCUCGAGGGCAAGGUGCUGGUGGACAUCAGCAACAACCUGAAGAGGGGCCAGUUCCCACAAUCCAAUGCCGAGUACCUGAGCAGCCUGGUUCCUGGAGCGUCUGUGGUGAAAGGCUUCAACACAGUGUCAGCCUGGGCCCUGCAGUCAGGGGCGCUGGACGCCAGCCGACAGGUGCUGGUGUGCGGGGAUGACCCUAAAGCUAAGCAAGCAGUAGUGGACAUUGCCCACAGUCUGGGGCUGACUGUCCAGGACAGGGGCUCCCUCCGUGCUGCUGGGGAGUUGGAGGACAUCCCCCUGCAGCUCUUCCCCAACUGGAGGCUCCCUCUCUGGAUCGCCACGGGGCUCACCGCCUUCGUGCUCCUCUACCUGCUCGUGCACGACGUCACCUACUCUUACGUCGAGGACGGAAAAGACAACUUCUAUCGCGUUAUGAUCUCGCUGCCCAACAAGGCGUUUCCCAUCGUCGCUCUGAUCAUGCUGGCCCUGUGCUACCUGCCGAGCAUUCUGGCGGCCAUCUUGCAGCUCCACAACGGCACCAAGUACAAGCGCUUCCCUGAUUGGCUGGACCGCUGGAUGCUGAGCAGGAAGCAGCUGGGCCUCAUGGCCUUGGCUCUGGCUUCACUGCACGUGCUCUUCACCUUCGUCAAGCCCAUCAGAUACUACUUCCUGCACAGGACAGACUCUGAUGUGAUAGAGCAGAUCCAAGAGAACAUCACGGAGCCGUUUGACAACACGGCAGCGUGGCGGUCGGACUCCUACAAGUGUCUGGGCGUUGUGGGCUUCGCCUUGUUCCUGCUGCUGGGCAUCACCUCCCUCCCCUCAGUCAGCAAUGCACUCAACUGGAGGGAGUUCCGCUUCGUACAGUCCAAACUGGGUCACCUGACUCUGGUGCUGUGCACGGGCCACACCCUGCUCUACGGCUGGGACAAGUUCCUGCAGCCGGGCCGGUACCACUGGUACACCCCUCCGGCCUACAUGCUGGCCCUGGUGAUCCCCUGCGCCGUGCUCGUGCUCAAGCUCCUCUUCAUCACCCCCUGCAUCCACCGCCGCGUCAGCCGCAUCCGCAACGGCUGGGAAAGGCCCGGAAAGAGCCGGAGCGAACAUGCUACUGUCCCUAUGGACAAGGCUACCUCUCUGUGA